GCCACAACCGCCAAAAAUGCCAAAACCUUCAAAAAUUCCCCAUUUCUUCACCAGGCAAUCCUUCCGCCGCUCUGGAAUGUUUUUUCAUUCUCCAUUGCAAAAACCAGUCCAACCGCGAAGGCGUUCAACACUUGGACAGCCAGAUGUUGCUGUUGAGGCAGCGCUUAGACAGCAACUGGCUGAAGUAUUUUCACCUCAAUCUUUGCUUAAAGUGGAGGUUCUGGAACCUGAAGAUGGUCAAUCCAACGAAUCCACCCCUCUCCUCUUACAAAUGGAAGAACAAGAUACCCAAAACAAUAACCUCCCUCAGCAACAACAAAUCCCCCCUUCAAUCCUCGUUUCCUCCUCCUCAAUGGAAAAAAGUAUUUCCUCACAAGAAUUGGCAGGAAUGGCAAAUUUAGCUAAUAAUAAUAAUUUAAAUAUAAAUAAAAAACAUCGAACAAGCAACAGUAAAGUAUUCCCUAAUACAGCAACAUCUACACAAACUGUUAGAACUAUAGUGCUUAGAAGGCCUACAAUUACAAUACAGGAAGAUGGGCGUAUUCUGAUUGACAAUAUAACGGCACGUUGGGAAGGGUUUCCAAUGCCUAAACAACAAAAUUUGUUGGAUGGAGAUGAUGUAGGGACUCUGUUAACCUCUCAACUUGAGGGAGAUGAGGAGGGGAAAGCACCGUUAACUUGCACUCAAAAAAUUAUUAAGUACAUCAAAAUCCUCGUGCCACACAUUGUACUAGUUGCUGUCCUUAUUGGCUACCUAUGCCUAGGUGCAAGUAUACUUCAGGCCUUAGAAACUCGAACAGAAUUGGUAGCACGUUCUCGAAAACUUGUUCGGCUUAAUAAUAUGAUAGAGAAUUUUACUAUAGAAAGCUGGAAAAUUUUCGGAAGCAACAAAACAAUAAAUAAUCCGGAAAACUGGGCUAUUGUGAGGCCGAUCCAACAAGAACUUCUAGCUCCGGAACGCCUUGAUAAUAUUCACAACAAAUGGACCUUUCCUACAGCUUUGCUCUAUGUGUUAACUGUGUUAACAACUUGUGGAUAUUCUGAGGUCUCGGUGAAUACAGAUGUCGGAAAAAUAUUUUCUGUUAUAUUUGCACUAGUUGGUAUUCCCCUUAUGUUCAUAACUGCAGCAGAUAUUGGAAAAUUUCUUUCUGAUACGCUUUUAAGAAUUAUAGCUGAAUGGAAGUUGAUGACUAGAAGAGUGAAACGGAUAGCCUACGAUUUGUUUUAUGCUCAGAAAAGUGGGAAGCUUAGACGGAAGUCUCUGCAAUCCAUUAGUGUGUCGCUUGGAGCUCUUGAAUUGGCAGAUAUUGGCUCAAAGGAUGAUACAAAUUUGUGGUUUCCUAUAGGUGCCUAUGUUCUAUGUAUUUGUGUUUAUUGCUCAUUCGGCUCAAUUAUGUUUAUGAAUUGGGAGGAAAAAUGGUCUUUCAUUCAUUCUUUCCAUUUUGGAUUUAAUCUUAUUGUUACUGUUGGGUCUGUUUUGGAUAUUUAA